GAUAACUCAGCGUGAUUGCAGAAGUAAACUAACCAGACCCACAAAUUAGGUUGUGACAAACUCAUACAUCAGCGUUGCCGGGGUGACAGCAUCCUAAUACGUGCUGUAUCACGGCAACAGGGGGUAAACAAAAGGAUCAGAGCUUACGGUCUGAUUUGUGUGGCUUGUUGAAGAUGAGCCAGCCCAGCAGCAGCCUUGACGAGAAAGGGGUCAACCAAAAUAGAGAUCCGAUAUGUCGUAUGUCUGUGUUUACCGAUAUUCAAAGCGCAGCAGUGUCACCAGAAAUGAGGCUCUUAUCCGCCUUCAAGAAAGACAAUCAUGGCAGGAAAGUUUUCCUGGCAGGGAGAGAGUAUUACAGCGAGGAAGGAAAGACUUUCGAAUUGCGUCUUGUUGGAAAAAUAAAACAGCAGUUCAGCACCAGCCCCACUAUUCGUCCAGAGUAUCCUCCAUCGCUUGGCCUUAGAGGGUUCACCCAGCGAGUCACAGAGGUUACUUUGGAGAAGAGCUGUCAAGCUGUAGUGGAAAACCGGGUGUUAGGUGUCCAGACUCCUGGAUUUACUGCUGCCGUGCGUCUUGGGGCUGAACUCUUGAGAAAAUGGCAUGAUGUCAGUGCUGAUUGGUGCGGACCGGUCUACCUCUCUUCUCCUUGUGAUGACUCAUUGGCUGAUAUCUACCGGGCAGCAGGGGUCCAAGAAAUCCGUCACUAUUAUUACUGGGAUGAUAAACAACAAGUUUGUUUGGAGAAGCUUCUGGCGGAUCUGGAUGGGGCUCCAGAGCAAAGUGUUGUUGUUCUGUCGGCUUCUGCACACUACCCAACUGGAGCAGAUCUCUCUCAAAUUCAAUGGGUUUCGAUUGCACAGCUUAUAAUGAAGCGUCGGCUUUUCCCUUUCCUCUUGCUUCCUGCCCAGGGGCUUUGUAAUGGGGAUCUAGAGUGGGAUGCAUGGCCUGUACAGUACUUUGCAUCACAAGGGAUGGAGCUCCUCUGUGCUCAGUCACUCUCCCACUGCUUUGGUCUAUAUGGUGACGCUGUUGGACACCUCCUGUGUGUCUUGAAGCAAAACUCUCUCAUGUUAUCAGUUCAGUCACAAGCUGAAAAAAUUAUCAGAUCCCUAUGGGCCCAGCCAUCUGAUACUGGAGCCCGAGUUGUUGCCACGGUGCUCAGUAACCCAGCCCAUGUUGUUGAAUGGCAGGGAGAAGUGAAGCACCUUGUGGAGAGAUGUAUGCUGAUUAGACACAUUUUGAGAGAAAGGCUAAGGCUUUUGGGCACUCCAGGCUGCUGGGACCACCUGACUCAACAAAGAGGACUCUUCUGUUGUACUGGUCUAAAUGGUCAACAGGUAGAUUUUUUGUCAAAGAGGAGACACAUUUACCUGCUCUCCAGUGGCUGUCUAAACGUGAGUGCAAUCAAUGGUCGUAACUUGGACUACAUAGCCGAGUCCAUCCAUCUGGCUGUGACCACAGGUUCUUUCAGUUGGCCUAGCAGUUAGUUUGUGCGCCCCAUGUACAGAGGCUGCUGUCCUAUGAUGGGCUUGUGGUUACAUUCAAGGAUGUCAUUCCCCACUCUCUCUGUCUCCUCU